CUGCCGCUCUCUGGUGCACUCGGCUCUGCUGUUUCAUCUGUCUGCUCACUGCCGCCCCCGUCUUUCGCCUGGCCUACCAUUGCGCUGCUGGCGCUCCUGUCUUGUUUGCUGUCGCCUGAUGUCAUGUUUACCUCUUGCCUCCACUGGGCUGCUCAGACAGGCUGCAGCCAGGCCGCCAGGGUGGGUCCAGAAGGAAGAAAGCGACGCAGGCCAUGGAUGCGAUGGGAUGAUGGGAGGCAAGGGAGGAUCCGGAUCUCUGCCAACUCAGAGGAGCGCAUGCCUCAGCGGCCGGGAGCAGACAGCAGGGGCCAGCAGGGGCCAGCAGAGGCCAGCAGAGGCCAGCAGAGGCCAGCAGGGGCCAGCAGAGGCCAGCAGAGGCCAGCAGAGGCCAGCAGAGGCCAGCAGAGGCCAGCAGAGGCCAGCAGCCUGAUUCUGCUCGGCACCACAAAUGUCAGGCGUGUGCGGUGCCGGCCAAGACCAGCUGACAGCUGCCGCGCCAUGUAUUCGGAAGCAGCGUUGUUCUGCACUCGGGUACCUAGGGAGAGGCACCAGUCAGCAACGGCAAAAGGGGCUAGUGCAGAAUGGUGGUGUUCCUGAAUCUUCCACUUGCUUAGCGCCAAACAGCCGCCUCCUCCACCUCUCCACGUCUACACCGCUGCUGCCGCUGCCACUGCCGCCGCUGGCUGCCGCUGCGUAUAAAUACCGCUGCAUCAGCGCCGUGUUUUUUUGCCUGUGUCCAAUGCCCGAUUAACCACUGCCCAGACUCGCCGCCUC